CACACUUCCGGUAGUUUGCUGUCUGUCCCAUUCCUUGGCAACUCUAUGGUGAGCUUGUGGAAGUUGCCUGAAUGUUCGGCUGCAGAUUGGGGUUGUCUCGGCUGACCUCGGGCUCCUUCUUUCAGGGUGCUGUGAUGGACCCCCGGUGACGGUGGACAGGCUGUACUCCCAAUAAUAAGCUGCCAGGGUUUCCUACCAGCACUGUGUGUAUGUUAUUGGCUCAGUAGCCAUGUCUGAGAGCACAGCCAGCCAGAAUGGCAACAAAGUGCUGAUCAAAUCCGGGGGGAACCCCAACUUUGAGUUUCCACAAGACCCAGAGCUGGACUUUGAUGAAACUGAUUCUCCACCUGAACGUCUAGUAAUGAAUGGCAAAAGACGGUUCCCAAAUGUGACGGCCAUCCCCAGUCAGCUCCUGCUUGUGUCUCUGCUUGAGCACCUUUGCUGUGUUCAUGAGCAAAUCCCUCAGCGCUCCAAGUAUCUGUUCAAAUUGCUGUGUCAGACCUUUACCAAAAUGGGCUUGUUAACACCAUUUGCCUUCAGCGAUGAGUUCAGCUCAGUGAGACUCCAGCACAGCACAGCAAUCACAGAACUGCUCAAUGCUGCUAAACGGCACAUGUAUAAAGAGGAAAUAUCCACUGGGGAGUGGAACGCACAACUGACAAGGACAAAGCACAUGCUUGCUGAUGCACAGACCUCGCGCUACUUGAAUGAGUUUGAUGAGCUUGCCCAGCUUGGUAAAGGUGGCUAUGGGAGAGUAUACAAGGUCAGAAACAAGCUUGAUGGCCAGUUUUAUGCCGUUAAAAAAAUCCUGAUUAAAAAAGUAUCAAGGAGUGAUUGCAAAAAGGUACUCCGUGAAGUCAAAGUUUUGGCAGGGCUCCAGCACCCGAACAUUGUUGGUUACCACACUGCUUGGAUGGAACAUGUUCAGCCUCCAAACUCAAAAUGCAAGUCUGUUCCUCAGCUGGCGGCUAUUAGAGGGUCUUCUGCACAGAGUUCUGACCAGGAUACCAGGGGGAUACAAAGUGUAGAAAGCAGUGGUUCCUUUAUCACAUUUGCAGAGACUUCCGAUGGAAAUAACACUCGUGCCUCCUCGGGAAGCAGUAUGUCUGUGUCAUCCGUGACUAAGCCGAGGACCCCAACCCCAAAGGAAGGGAAUGGCUGUCCAGUCUCUAAUGCUCUGUCUGAAAGUCUCAAAGACACCAAUUCCAACUUGACAUCCUCAGCGCACAUUUGCAGUAAACUCCACCCACCUCAAGACAUCUCUUUGCAAGACUCCUCGGACGAGGAGGUUGAUUCUAGUGAUUCAUCCAGUGAUGAAGAAUGCCCACAAAAGGAAUUAUGUUUGCAUCGACAUUUUGAGAUAGAGUAUCAUUUAAUGCUGCACAUACAGAUGAAACUGUGUGAAAAAUCGCUGUGGGACUGGAUUGUAGAGCGCAAUACUCGUUACAGAGAGACCAAAGAUGCUACCCGUUGCUUUGAUUUUGUAGAUGUCAGGUGCACAAUGAGAAUUUUUUAUCAGCUUCUAGAAGGGGUACAAUACAUCCAUUCAAUGAAAGUCCUGCACAGAGAUCUCAAGCCUAGAAAUGUGUUUCUACAUGGCCCUGAUCUCCAUGUACGCAUUGGAGAUUUUGGACUUGCCUGUGGAGCUAUUCUACAGCAUUCCAGAGACCACUGGUUGCAGAAAGAUGGAGACAACGAAUCAACUCGCACAGAGAGAGUAGGCACAUGUCUGUAUGCUGCACCAGAACAGCUAGAAGGAUCUAAUUCUAACUUUAAGUCUGAUAUGUACAGUUGUGGCAUCAUAUUACUGGAACUCCUUCACCCGUUUGGAACUGAAAUGGAAAGGGAGAAAGUCUUGACGGCUCUGAGGAGUGGAAUGUUUCCAGAAUCAUUUGAAACCCAAUGGCCUACACAAAGUAAAUACAUCAAACUUCUGACCAGUGCAGACUGCGCAACGCGUCCAUCUGCUUCACAACUUCUGGAAAGUGACCUGUUCUACGGUGAGAAAAAUGUGAUUCAGGAUCUGAGAAAAAAGGUGCUUGACCUGGAAGAAGAAAAUGCAAAAUUAAAACAGAUGCUGCAAGAACAGACUUUGUCUUCAACCUCAAGGGAACAUACUGGUAUCAAAGACACAGCAGUUUAAUUAUUCUGUAAAUUACAGUACAAAAAUUCUUGCCAAACCGUUCCCUUACCUGUGUUUUGAAAUAUUUUAUUGUAAUAAACUGUAUUUAUGCAAA